AUGGUCACGCUGGAGCUAAGCUCGGGCCCUCUCGCUCCCCUUAGUGAGUUUAGCGUCGCUUUUAAGCCUGGUCGCCUUUUUUCUUCGCUGCCAACUCAACGCAACCGCCUGACUUGCUCUUCUCCAUCCUCCUCUUCGCUCGUCUUCCCUUCCUGUGCCUGUCGACGUCUGUCUCCUACCAAAGGGCCAGCACCUGCAGACUCACCCAGCAUCUGCUUCACGGCCUCUCGCGAGCAGUCACUCCUUGCCGAGCAGCCCUCGGUGAUCAUGAACAGCCUGGUAGCCACACCGCCUGUUCCUCCUCACUUUUACGAGACCUCUUGUCGCUCUGCAUCAUAUUCCAUGUCAUCGACCAACGCCUCAGUGAACCGGAAGAGAAAGGCCGAGGAUGACAGUCUCCCGAGCGACGAUACUCGCAUGUCUGCCUCGCCCUCAGGGUCUCCUGCCCUCCAUCCACGGCCGUUAGCUCCCCGUCACCUCAAACGACCACGGCCGAACGUUUCGGGCCGGCCGCUGUCUCUCCCUCGGUUAAUGGAGACGCUCGACACAGAUGCUCUGCGAUCAGUGUUGAGGUCGCUCUGUGAUCGCCAUCCCGAGAUAGCCUCUGAGGUCAUGCACACUGCCCCCCGGCCCAGCGUCAGCGCCGCCCUUGAAGUCCUUAACAACUACCAGUCCACUCUACAGUCCUCUUUCCCGCUGGGCGGGAACCCUUCCUCCGACUAUGCAUAUAAUCGAGUCCGCCAGCAUCUUACCAACCUCCUUGAAGCCCUGAACGACUUUACACCCCAUUUUCUCCCGCCAAAUGAAUCGCAACCGUCAACGUCACUAAGUUACCUGGAUGGUGCUACAGAUAUCAUACAUCAACUUCCGCGGUGGACGACGCCACAACACAAUCUUGAGAAGUAUGCAGCGUAUGAAGAGAUGGGCAAAGCAUGGUGUCUAGUAAUCAGGGAGGCAGCAAAGCGUGGAGGCGGUAUCCAACUGCAGUACGGAGGCUGGGAUCAAAAGCUUGCAAAGCACAACGAGACCGCCGGAGGAAAACUCCAGGACGCCGUGAAUGAAUUGAACCAGAGCCUUGGCUGGAUCGGUGGCAACGUGGGCAACCCGUGCAAUUCCAACGCUGGCAGCUCUCAAGGCGACAUGUCGUCAAUACGUCAACAGCUCAUGUCAGGCACUUACGGAGCUGGCCUGCCGUUGAAGGUCGGGCCAUGGUAA